GGGGAAAAUUGGUACAUUUGUUCAGGUUACUGUUUUGGAGAUUUACAAUGAGGAGAUUUAUGAUCUUUUGUCAAGUAACAAUGGGGGUGGAUUUGGUUUUGGGUGGUCGAAGGGUGGUAGUGGAUCUAAGGUGAGGCUUGAAGUAAUGGGAAAGAAAGCAAAAAAUGCAACCUUCAUAUCUGGAACUGAAGCUGGCAGAAUUUCCAAAGAGAUUCAGAAAGUGGAGAAGCGGAGAAUAGUUAAGAGCACACUUUGUAAUGAGAGAAGUUCUCGAAGCCACUGCAUGAUAAUCCUUGAUGUGCCAACAGUGGGGGGGAGACUGAUGCUUGUGGAUAUGGCUGGUUCUGAAAAUAUUGAGCAAGCAGGUCAAAAUGGAUUUGAGGCAAAGAUGCAGACAGCAAAGAUUAAUCAAGGGAAUAUUGCAUUGAAAAGAGUGGUGGAAUCCAUUGCAAAUGGAGAUUCUCAUGUGCCCUUCAGAGAUAGCAAGUUGACCAUGUUGCUCCAGGAUUCGUUUGAGGAUGACAAGUCAAAAAUAUUGAUGAUACUCUGUGCAAGCCCAGACCCCAAGGAAAUACACAAAACAAUCUGCACCCUUGAAUAUGGAGCAAAAGCCAAAUGUAUUGUCCGUGGCCCUCACACGCCCAUUAAAGAUAAGAAUGGCAUAGAAGAUUCUUCAUCGGCUGUUAUUUUGGGAUCUAGGGUAGCAGCAAUGGAUCAGUUUAUUUAUAAGUUGCAAAUGGAGAACAAGCUCAGAGAAAAAGACUGUAAUGAGGCACACAAGAAGCUCAUGAAGAAAGAAGAAGAGGUUGCCGCACUGAGAGAACUUCUGGAAGAAAAAGGAUCUGGUUCAUGUGAAGAGGAAAUCAACUUGAAGGUGAAUGAACGAACAAAGAUCCUGAAACUUGAAUUGGAAAGGAAAUUGGAGGAGUGUCAGAGAAUGGCUGAAGAAUUUGUUGAAUUGGAGAGGAGAAGAAUGGAAGAGAGGAUAUUGCAACAACAAGAGGAAGUUGAGAUGUUGAGGAGACGGUUAGAGGAAAUCGAGUUAGAAUUCCGUCGCUCAAAGGAUGGAAAUGUUGAUGAUAGUACAUCCAAGUCCUUGGAUGGAUGUGGCUUUGCUAAAAGGCUCUUGGGUAUCUAUGCUGAUGAGGAUCCAGGCAUGGUAAAGUCAAUGGACCUAGACAUGGGUGAUCAAGAGCCGUUUGUUCGUGAUGUGAGACAUGUAGAUGCAGCUGUUUCUCAUCAACAUGAUAACAAUGGCAUACAAGGUCUUGCGGAUUUUCCUCAUUUAAAUCCUUUCAGUGAGGUUCAAGAUGGUUUUGGACCAAGGUUUGGUGAUAGAGUCUGUUUGAGCACUGUCUUUGAGGAAGAAGAAGCAGAAGAGGAGGAUAACAAAGGGAGUGUUGAAGAUGAAGCAGUAGAAAAAGUGAUAAUAGAGGAUAAAAGGAUUUAUUCAAGUCCCGUUUCAGGUAAAGAAAAUUGUUUCUGGGAUAGAUCAGAUGACAUGGAUCCAGCUUCAUUUAGAAGACUAAGAAUCCAGAACAUAUUUACUCUUUGUGGGAACAACAGGGAACUCUUACAACAGCUGAGCACCGCAACACCUGCCAAAAAGAGAUCCGAAGCCACUGAUCUUCAAUCAUCUCCAGUUGUCAAUACCAGGGACCAAAAUAUUGUGAAGUCUAUGAACAAUGAAUGUGGACAAACUCUAUAUGAUGGAAUGGAAUUGGCAUCAAAAGAGAAUCAUAACCCUUUCAGUGAUAGCACAGACAUGCAGCUAGAAGUAUAUGUGAAAUGGGAAGCAUCAAGAGAAAACCCGGGAAAGUUUAUUACAACUCUGAAGGUUGUAAAAGAUGCAACACUUGCUGACUUGAGGAAACUGAUUGAAAUUUAUCUUGGUGCCGAUAAUCAAGCAUUCACUUUUCUUGUGCUUGGGGACCCUACUGGAGCUCCAGUCCCUAAAGAACAGGAAGCAAGAGUUCAGGCCCUUAAACUUCCUCUCUGCAACACUCACUCCCGUCUUGCUUGCUUGCGACCAGCAAAGGAGGGGGUCCAAUGCCCAAGUCAUGUUCCUCCGAGCAGUCCACUUCCACUAACUCCAGUGGAAAACAAACUACCACUCACCCUAAGUCAUGUUCCUCUGAGCAGUCCACUUCCACUAACUCCAGUGGAAAACAAACUACCACUCACCCCAAGUCAUUGCCUUCUUAAAUCAAGGUGAUAUUUUGGCACUGAAGGUGUAUCCCCUACUUCUACUUCUACUUUCAUAAUUGCUGUUAGGAGACAAUGGUUAUCAACUGUUUCUUCUACUUGCAUAAUUGCUGUUAGGAGACAAUGGUUAUCAACUGUUUCCAAGUGUUGAAUGAAAUAUACUGCCAGUAUAUCAAUAUGUACUCUCAUAGAAUGUGAUUUUUGUGGAUAUUGUGGGGCUAAGACCAAUAUUUGUGUUACUUAUUGUGUAAAGUAUAUCUUCUUCCUUUUAGUUGUGAAUCAAUGUCUCUUCAAAUUUCAUUCCUAUUUAUAUUUUUCUCUCCUUUGCAAGCUUUGAGACGAUGGUUAUCAACU